AUGAAUUCCAAUGGAGCCAAACCAUCUCUUAUCAGACAACUUCGUCUAUUUCUUGAUACUGAUGGAUGCAUACACUGUAGAGGUAGGAUUUGCUAUGCCAAAAUAGACAACGAGACAAAGAACCCUUAUUUACUUCCAAAGAAGGACACUGUUACACACUUGAUCAUCAGAGACGCUCAUCAGCGGAGUGGCCAUUCUGAGCUACCGCCUUUACCCUAUUUUCGUACAGAGGAAUCAACGCCAUUCACUACUACGGGAGUAGACUUCACUGGAGCUUUAUUCGUCAAGGAACGGAGCCGAAGACAAUCCAGAGCUUAUAUUUGCCUAUUUACAUGCGCUAAUACAAGAGCAAUUCAUCUAGAGACAGUCAAUGAUUUAUCCGAACAGUCAUUUUUACGGGCGUUCCGUAGAUUUGCAAGCCGAAGGUCCGUGCCUAAGAUAAUCAUCUCAGAUAAUGCACCAACUUUCAAGUCCGCAGCGAAUUACCUGCAACAACUAUUUGAAUCUAAAACUAUUAAAGAAGAACUCGCAAAUAUGGGAGUUAAUUGGAAAUUCUUUCCAAAGGCAGCUCCAUGGUAUGGAGGUUUUUGGGAACGACUCAUAGGAAUUACCAAAUCCACACUGAAGAAAAUAAUCGGCCGUUCAUACAUCGAUUUAGAAACCUUACAAACUGUAGUCACAGAGGUUGAAGCGAUAGUAAAUGACCGUCCGUUAACAUACGUUUCAUCGAACCUCGAGGAUCCAGAGCCAUUAACACUAUCACAUUUGCUGUACGGAAGAAGACUGACUUCCUUCCAAUACCCAACAGAGGACCCAGAGAAUUCAAACGACUGUCAUUCAUUGACAUGUCGUCGUCUAAACCAACGAUUGGAUAAUCAGAAUACUAUUUUAAAUCACUUUUGGAGCCGCUGGAAGAGAGAAUAUUUGACAUCACUGAGAGAGUACCAUACAUCAAAUGGAAGAAGGUCGCAGAAUAUUAAAGUCGGUGACAUUGUCCAAAUCCAUGAGGAGAAACCUCGGAUCAUGUGGAAACUAGCUGUCGUGGAGGAACUCAUACAGGGGAGAGACGGAUUCGUCAGAGCUGUCACUUUACGGACCAAAAAUGGACUUACCAAUAGACCAAUUUUGAAACUAUAUCCAAUCGAAGUGAAUGAGAACGAACUUCAAAUACAAUCUUCUGAUCGAGUAUCAAAAACAAAAGCCAAAGAAAGAAUCAGUGAAUGGACCUCUUAA